UGCCACCAAUCCUAAUCCAUGCCGACACAGUGCUUGCCAACUGGAAGAAAACAGAUCCAAAUGGACUUGAACCCGGUCGUCGCGGUCAGCUGCCCUCCGGGUCUCCACUCCGCCGACUUACACGACAAGCUAACCGGACAAACUGGCUGCAGCAGGAAAGCCUUCCGCACGGAGUCCCUUCACCAUGGAGAAUCUGGAGCUGUUGCUGUCGUUGCCUGGAGGUCAAAGUUUAAGAGGAUUUUUUCUGGUCACGCUAUUGGUGGAGCUGGCGGCCGUUCCUGGUCUGAAGGCUAUCAUUGAUGUCAUCAACGGUGUCCAUUAUAACGACAUUGAAAGAGUCACCAAAGCUCUGGAUGUGAUCAGCCAGUCCAUCGACAGCAUGAAACAGGCCUUGAAACGAAUGCAUGAAUAUGUAGAUCCCUCCAUAUUCUACGGCGUUAUAAGGAUCUUUCUUUCUGGAUGGAAAGAUAACCCGUCGAUGGCUGAAGGUCUGGUGUAUGAAGGAGUUGAUGAUCAGCCUAUGGAGUUUUCUGGAGGCAGUGCAGCACAGAGCAGCAUCUUACACUGCCUUGAUGAGCUGCUGGGAAUCCAACAUGAAGGCAACAAUGGGGCCUUCUUAAAGAGAAUGAGGGACUACAUGCCUCCCUCCCAUAAACAAUUCAUCCAGGAGAUCUCCAUUUGUCCGUCUCUGCGUGACUUUGUGCUCCAGCAAGCGGAUGAGCGUCUGACACAUGCGUUUGACAAGUGCGUGGCUGGAUUGGUGGACUUUCGAAACUGCCACAUCAACAUCGUCACCCGUUUCAUCACAAUACCAGCGUCCCGUGCCAAACAGCUCCGUGCCAAUAAGCAAAAUCUGAUGGAGGAACUGGACACAAUCAGCCGAGCUCCGACAGCACUGGAGGAAAGAGGAACCGGAGGAUCAGGCAUCAUGACCUUCCUGAAGACUGUGCGAAAUGAAACUAAAGACAGCUCCAUCUCAGUGUUUACUAACGGAAACCAAGAACCACCAAUGGAAGAGAUUGAGAAAUCUGCGUCUGAGCUCACCAUAGAAUAAAUCCCGUUCACGCUGAGAAUGAUAAUGUGUUAAGGGUAAUGCAUUACAAGCACGCUGAAAUUACAUUGGAUUUACUCAAUUUUAGUCGUUUUUUUAAAGUGGUUUGUUUUUAAGUGGUUACAAACAAUUUAUUUUGGUUGAAUUUAAACAAACAAGGUCAAUUUAAUAUUGUUCAAAUUAUUUGUUUGCUUAAAUUCAGCUCAAAUAAAUUGUUUGCAACCACUUACCUUAAAAAAAAAGUGGUAAAUCCAAUGAAUAAUUUUGUUUUUGUGUAGAAAUGCACUGAAAUAAAAGUUCAAGGCUGGAACUGAAAUUCUGGAUGCACUUGUCAGGAAACCAAAACUAAAAAUGCUUUGUAAUUAUUAUUUAUUAUUGUAUUAAUUGAUAAAAUAUAAAAAAUAUAAUGAUAUCUGGAAAUGAACUGAAAUUGAAAUUCUAGGCCAGAACAGAAACUCUGGAUGAACUCGUCUGGAAACCAGUACUAAAAAAUGCUUUGUAAUUGUUAUUUAUUAUUGUAUUAAGUAAUUUUGUACAAUUAAAUUUUAAAUGCAACUCAACAACUUUAAUUACAUAUAUAU